AGUUUUCGUGAUCUGUAUAAUAGGAUCAGAGUGCAGUUCUUUGGUGCCCGAAUCACUUAUAAUAAUAAAUUAAAAAAUAAAGAUGUCUGAAAGAAUACGUUCACCCACAUCAGCCAAAGUUGUAGCAUGGUUAUUCAUAAUUUUGUUCAUCGUUAGUAUAGUAUACAUAAUUAUACAGCUAAUUAAAAAUCAAGCAAAAGGGGCAAUAACCAAUAUUGUUGGAAGUGCUAUUGAAAUUUUAUUUAGUUCGUUGAUUUUAGUUGGCCUAAAAAGAAAUUCUCGCUAUUGUUUGCUACCCUGGCUAAUACUAAAUGGUUUAUUGGCAGUAGGUUGUUGUAUAUUUGCUGCAUAUUUCCUGGUAACAUUAAACUUUCUAGUGUUUUUUGUAUUCGCCUUUAUAACAGGUUAUAUAAUUAUAGGAUUUUUUAUUGUAAAAAGUAAUUUUAUAAGAAUGGGUUCCGUUUCUAGAAAUCCUCAGGCAAAAGUUUAAUUAAUAUUACUUUAAAUAACAUAGUGUCAUAUCAAAACUGUAACAAUAAUGUUAUUUUUAGACAUAAAUAAACAUUCUUAAAUAA